AUGAUGAUGAACAAGAAGAUGGGGAUUUUUUCAUCUAUAUGGAAUACAUCGAAAAGAUCCAUCCAUUACAAGGAGAAUCCAAGAAAAUAUCCUAAAGUUAACGUGAACGACAUAACACUUGACAAGCCAAGGUAUGGGUUUAGAAGAGAAAGAGAACCAUUACUCUCUCAAUCGGUGACAGAUACAUUGUUUCCAAGCACAGAGAUUAAGAAAAGGUAUGCUGAAUCCGGAAAGCCAAUUCCUAUAAAGUACAGAUCAAACAGUGACAAUAUUGCCAGAAGAAACUUUGACAAAUAUCAAGAAGAAGUAGCCACAGGAGAACCACAUUUCAGACUCGGAGAGAAGAAAGUUUACUUGCCUAAGGCGCGUGUUUGCUUGUUGAGACCUAAUGCAAAGCAUACGCCAUAUCAAGCGAAAUUCUUAGUACCAAGAAACUUCAACAAAAUGGACUUGAGAGAUUAUUUGUGGCACGUUUAUGGAUUGAGAGCAUUGAAUGUUACCGUUCAAUUAUUGCAUGCUAAGUUCACCAGAGGUCCUGAUGAUCAUGCUCGUUACAGAGGUCCACAAUUCAAGAAAAUGACAAUUGAUAUGGAAGAACCAUUUAUCUGGCCAGAAUUGCCUAGCUCUGUUGUUGAGAAGGCAAAACAGACUUAUAAUGAUCAAAUCGAAGCUGUUGAAAUGAAGACAGCUGUUGGAUCUGAUAAGUUGAAGCCAAGUAAGGCAUUUAAUGGUUUGUAUAAUAAGCCAGAGUUACCAAAUAGCUUUGUUCCAUCAAGAGCUAGAAAGUUAGGUGAACAGACGCUUAAUUCACAGAAAGAAUUCGAAGAAUCAAAGGGCGACAGACACAUACUUCAGCACUACUUAGGAUUAUAA